AUUAUUUCAUUUCUCUUUCUCUCUCUCUAAAUUUUCUCUCCUCUCCUCUUUUUUUUUUCUUUCUCUCCUCUCUCUCUCUCCUUAGCCAAGAUUGUGAAACAAACUUAGGCACUUUUUUAAUUCAUUAAAGUUGGGACAAAGUGAAGAGAUAUUAUAUGAUGUCUGAAUUUGUUUCCACAAUGAGCAAUUUGAUUGGUGAAGAACAACAUCAAUAUCAUAAUUCCAACCCAGUUCUUGUUCCUCUUAAGAAGAAGAGAAAUUUGCCAGGAACACCAGAUCCAGAUGCGGAAGUAAUAGCGAUGUCUCCGAAGUCUCUAAUGGCGAAGAAUAGAUUCGUUUGCGAGAUAUGCAGCAAGGGAUUUCAGAGAGACCAGAACUUGCAGCUUCAUCGACGAGGGCACAACUUGCCGUGGAAGCUUCGACAAAGGACGAACAAGGAAGUGAGGAAGAAGGUGUACGUGUGCCCAGAGAAGAGCUGCGUGCACCACGACCCGGCGAGGGCGCUCGGUGACCUCACUGGGAUCAAGAAGCACUAUAGUAGGAAGCAUGGUGAGAAGAAAUGGAAGUGUGAGAAGUGCUCUAAGAAGUAUGCAGUUCAAUCAGAUUGGAAGGCUCAUUCUAAGAUAUGUGGGACAAAGGAAUACAAAUGUGACUGUGGGACAUUAUUUUCCAGAAAAGAUAGCUUCAUUACUCACAGAGCAUUUUGUGAUGCACUAGCUGAAGAAAACUCAAGAAUAAAUCAUCAUCCAACCUUCAUCAACAACAACUUUUCCCCUACUUCUUCUUCACUACUUCUCCAACAACCAAACUUCCCACCCUCCUCGGCCACUGCCACUGCUACUGCCACUACCACUACCGUCAUCGACCAAAGCCCCCUCGCCCACCAUUUCCCUAACAUUAUAUUCGACCAUGACGAUGACCACAAGCCUCGUCCUCUUUCAAUAUCAUCCCCGCCGCAGCUCCCGCUCUGGCUUGACCCUCCACCAAAUCCUAACUCCUUUUUCUCUGCUGCCCCCGCCAUCCACACCUUCUCUGAAAACCCUACAUUCUUCCCAGAAAAUCAAUACCCUUUUUUGUCGGAGGCGUUAACGACGGCCUCUUCGUACACCGUCGCACCCCACAUGUCUGCCACCGCACUUCUCCAAAAGGCCGCUCAAAUGGGGCCGACCGUAACCCCCACCAUAUCGCCAAUUCUCUUCAAUGCCCCCACUGCGACCACCGGCAGGGGAUAUGGAAUGAUCAACUCCACCGCUGCCGUUGUGGGAUUAUCAGAUGGCCGUUCGACGAUGAAGCCAUUGAUGGGCGGAGCAAAGGAAGAAAUUGGAGGGCAUAAUUUGACCAGAGAUUUUCUCGGCGUCGGAAAUCAGGUGGUGCAUCUCACCCCGGUGGGUUCCAAUCAAUACGGUGAUCAGAGCCGCCGCAAUUAGAGAGAAGAUUUUUAGUUUCAGCUCAACCACACACUGGUAGGAAAAAAAACAUUGUAUUAUGGAUAAUAUAGAAAUAAAUUAAAUGAAUGAAAUUUUAGACUUCCUCUUUUUUGUUUUCUUCUUCUUCUUCUUCUUAAUUACGAAUUAAAUGUAACGACACAGAAUAGAACAAGAAAAUUAUCCAAACCAAUUAGGAUUGACAAAAAAUUUCUUCCA